UGGGUGGCGGCGCGCUUUUGCGCGCGCGCGCAGGGGAGAGGCCAGCCCCGGCGGCCGUUGUGGGCUUCGACUGGAGGGGCGGGAGGGUCACCUGCGAGCGUCUGCGACGCCCGCCCGCCCGCCGCGUCCGGAUCGCGCCGGCUGCGCGGGGCCGCUGGCUGCACACCCUGCGAAGCUGGGGCGGGAGGCAAGGAGAGUCCGCGCGCGGCGCCCGGGAAGAGGAGAAGUCGGACCUUCGCCGCUGCGGCCGUCCGCGCCCGGCUGGGCUAUUAGCAAAAGAUGGUGGAUCGCUUGGCAAACAGUGAAGCAAAUACUAGACGUAUAAAUAUAGUAGAAAACUGUUUUGGAGCAGCUGGCCAACCGUUAACUAUACCUGGACGUGUUCUUAUUGGUGAAGGCGUAUUGACUAAGUUGUGCAGAAAAAAGCCCAAAGCGAGGCAGUUUUUCUUAUUUAAUGAUAUUCUUGUAUAUGGCAAUAUUGUCAUCCAGAAGAAAAAAUAUAACAAACAACAUAUUAUUCCCCUGGAAAAUGUCACAAUUGAUUCCAUCAAAGACGAGGGAGACUUGAGAAAUGGAUGGCUGAUCAAGACACCAACAAAAUCAUUUGCAGUGUAUGCUGCCACUGCCACUGAGAAAUCAGAAUGGAUGAAUCAUAUAAAUAAGUGUGUCACUGAUUUACUCUCCAAAAGUGGGAAGACACCCAGUAAUGAACAUGCUGCUGUCUGGGUUCCUGACUCUGAGGCAACUGUAUGUAUGCGUUGUCAGAAAGCAAAAUUCACACCUGUUAAUCGUCGUCACCAUUGCCGCAAAUGUGGUUUUGUUGUCUGUGGGCCCUGCUCUGAAAAGAGAUUUCUUCUUCCCAGCCAGUCCUCUAAGCCUGUGCGGAUUUGUGACUUCUGCUAUGACCUGCUUUCUACUGGGGACAUGGCUGCGUGCCAGCCUGCUAGAUCGGACUCUUACAGUCAGUCACUGAAGCCUCCUUUAAAUGAUGUAUCUGAUGAUGAUGAUGAUGAUGAUAGCAGUGACUAAGGGCAUAUUUUGAAAUAUUUAAUCGGGUGUGACUAUCUGAGAAAUCAGCUCUGGGGGAAUGUAAAAUUCUGAGCUUUCUCUGGAUUUUGCUCUUGCCAUGAAUUUGCCUGAGAAACUUUCAACCUAUGUGCCUCAGUAUCCUCUAUAGAAAAUAGGUCCUGUUAUCAUCCCCCUCCCCCUGCAACCUCUCCUCACCUCCCCUAGCUCCCUAUUCUUCUACAGGGAUAGACUGUUGCAAAUAUAUCAGACAGAUGUUUGGUUUCUUGUUUUAAUUCUAGACUGCUUUCUGGGAUGGUUGGGAAGACAUGUUUAACAUAUCAUGCGUUGCAUUGUUGUUUAUUAUAUGUUCUGUUAUAUGGAAAAACUGAAAGCAAAGAAUGACGGAGAAAGGAGUAAGAUAUGGUUAGUGAAUUAUGUCAUUAGCUUUUUUCUAACCAUCCUAUCUAAAGGUUAAGAUACCAGUAACAGAAAUACAUGUUUUGGAAAUAUUUUGACUUUUUCAUAUACCAGGUGGUGCCUUAUCAUAAUAGCACUGUUGCAUGAAAUAAGCCCCUACCUUCUCACUUUUUAGUUUUGUUUUAAAAGUACACUGGUGCUUUCUGAGGUAAUCAAAUGAAUGUUAUAGAUGGAUAUAAUUAGGAAAUACUUCUCAUUUGACAGCUACAAGUAACUAAAUUUUGAGGUCCUUCAUUCUGUAUGAAUAUUUUUUCAUAAAACGUUGUUGUGAUUAUAUUUUUACUUUUCAUAGGUACCAAAUUAUAAUUGUCGUUCUUAGAUUGGUUUGAAA